AAUCCUGACAAAUUGCAACCCUGCAACACGUGUUCUCUAGUCACAUGUGAUUAUGCGGAAAUUGUCAUAAUAUUGAAUAUGUAAAAUAUUUUUUUUGCGUCUAUCCAUAUGAGUAAGCACAGAGGCCGGAUGUCGGACCGCAAGGUAGUUAUCGUGGAUGCAGAAAUGAGCGAGGAGAUGCAACAGAAUUGCGUGGAUUGUGCCACACAGGCGCUGGAGAAGUACAACAUCGAGAAGGACAUUGCGGAAUACUUAAAAAAAGAGUUUGACAAGAAGUACAAUCCAACCUGGCAUUGCAUUGUCGGCCGCAACUUUGGCUCCUAUGUGAGCCAUGAGAAAAGACAUUUUAUCUACUUCUACUUGGGUCGUUGGGUUGUUUUGCUCUUCAAGAGCGGUUAACGAAGCGAAAAGAGUAUGAUCGUAAAAAUGUGUCACAUAUGCAACUCUUAUACUACAAUAUUCCAAAAAAAAUAAACGCACAAUUGAAAGAUAAAUAAAAACAAAAUUUUU